GCACCCACCAAUACGUUCUUUUCUGUCAUAUUAUUGACUUUUUGUUUUUGUGCAUUUUUGUCUGAUUUUUGUGUUUGUGCUUGUGUCGAAUAAUUAGAUCGCAUGGAAUUCUGAAACAUAAAGUAGAGGGACUUUGGCUAUGAAUUCAUAGGCAGCUGAAAUAAUAAUUUGGUUUUGGUGAUGCCUACACUUUCCUUUAAUUAUGCUACCGGAUACAAAUUUAUUGUUUAAAACAGGAAAUAGUUUAUAUUAAGGCAGGCAUGGAUUUAGCUGAAACAAUGAAGAACGUACUAGCUAAGGGUCUUCAACAGGCCUCUGUUAGUGACUUACCAGCAGCAGCAGGCAUGGGCUUUCCUGGGGCUGGGUACGUGACUGAAAAGAUUUACAUGUUGUUACAACUUUAUUUACAAAAUAAGGGAUGGAAUCCUACUGUAGAGUUGUUACAAUGUUUUACAGAGUUAAAGGAAUCAUCGAUGUUGCCCAGUGCUACCUAUUUACAAAUGAUGGCAUCACGAGUAACCUUAGAUUCACAAGGUCGAUUGAUUCUACGCGAAAACGGUAAAAUUAUCUUGCCGUUCGAGCAUUUUGCGAACGCUGUGAUGCUUAAGCAUAUGAAUGGACCCCAUGGCCUACAUUUGGGAGUUGAAGCCACCGUUAGAGCAGUCAUGGAAUCGUACACCAUUGGUCGGGAAAAUUUUGGAAUGGAGAAGGAGUUUAUAAUCGAAGUGGUUCAAAACUGUCCAAACCCCGCUUGCAGGUACUACAAAAACCAAAUGGAAUUAACGCAAAAGACUUUGCAGCAUCUAGCGCCUGGUUAUUUGGGUGAUAGGGGACCAACAGCUUCUGAUGUCAGAGGCCGUUUAGGAUCUGCUGUGGAUUUGACAAGCCAACAAGCAUUGGAUUCAAAAUCCCAAUCAUCUCUAAUGGAACGGUCUAAAUCUGUAGCCCCAACUCAGCAAGAAAUAACAGCUGCACUAUUGCAGCAACAGAGCAGAGUAAUAGCCCAACAGAAUUUGGACAAAAUCAAUGCAAACUUGGAAAAACAAAGACAACAGCAAUUACAGCUACAACAACAAAUGGACUUAGCAGCUAAAAGGGAGCGUGAGAGAGAACGAGAACAAAGUCAGCAACAACAGCAGCAACAGCAGCAACAACAGCAACAACAGCAGCAGCAGCAGCAGCAGCAGCAACAACAACAGCAGCAACAACAACAACAAAAACAUUUUGACAUGUCUUUGAUGGAUCAUAAGUUGGCCGAUUUUCUGAAGGCAAAUCUAGAAAAUUUGGAAGGAUUAGGAGCGGCUAAUAAGGACCUCCUGGCACUGCACAACGGUGCUUGGGCCACUCCAAACAGCCUGACGUCAUCGAACGAAGACAAACGAAUCUCGGAAGGGGGACAGGAGAAGAUCGUGAGGGCUUUCAGCGAGGUGAUGAAGAAUAUGCAGAGAAUGAAGACUUACGUGCGUCCGGCGAUGUGUAAGCCUUACGGAAAGCAGUCGGAGGCGCUUCAAAAAACUCUAAUGGACACUAUUCAGCUGAUUCAGUCGCUGAGAAGUUUCCUCCCUCCUCCGCAUAUACAGGUCAGCUCAUGGAAAAACGAAGAUAAGCACAGAUACGAUGAAAACUAGUAAAACAGGGAUGAACUGGCAACACUGAAAACUUGCCAGCAUAUGCUUUAUUUAAAAAAUCAGGUUGGUUGGUGCAUUACAUUUUUUUUUCUGUGCAAUAUUCUUUUUUUUACAGAAAAUGACCUGUCCGUUUGCGUUUUAGAAAGCUUCUAUGUCAAUAGCUUAAGUAAAAAAAAAGUUUAAAAGAAAAGAAGUGUAUACAUUGACAGUGACAGUUGUCUGCAAUUAAAACUUGAU